UUCGUCUUCCCUAGGCCUUCGUUUUGUAACAUGUCGUCCUUUGCACCUCCGACUAAAAAAGCAAGAAGAUCACGCAGUAAUGGCUCAUCAGCUGACACCGAGGAGGAUUUUUUUCCAGGUUGCGUGCAAAUUUAAUGCGCGCGUUGAUUUUCCCGUAGCGGUUUUUCGUUAAAAAGGGGUGUGGUAUUGUCCUUCUCUGAAUGUGUAUUUUCUUCUUUUAGGAAUAAGCAAAAUUGAGUACAAGCCUGAUGGAGGACCAGGCGAUAACCUGUGCUUCAAACACUACAACCCACAAGAGGUGAACAUGUUGUUCAAAAGUUGGACCUUGUCAUAGUGUGAAAUAGAUUUAAUUGUGCUAGAGAUGAAAUUAUAUCUGAAAAUGAUGGCGAUGUUAAUGCGAACUUCGAGGAUGCUGGUUUAGUAUUGGACAAAAACGUACCUGUAUGUUCGAUACAAAAUGUUCCUGAAAAAUGGGGAUGUAUUGAUCAUUUAACAUACAUGUAUUUUUUUUUUUCAACAUAAGGUGGUCAUGGGAAAGACAAUGGAAGAUUGGUGUCGAUUUUCUGUUUGCUUUUGGCAUACAUUCAGAGGCACAGGUAUGUGGUGAAAAAAAUAACAGGUGUAGAUGCUAAGCUUCUGAUGUUAUUUCAGUGGUUUAACUGCUAAGGAGCAUUGUCAAAGACGGACAACAAGACAUAGCUUGAUCUUAGUGAACUACAAUCAUAAAAAUGUCCUAUAAUUCUUAUUUUCCAAGAGUGAUUAUUGAAAGGCUUUGCUGGAAUUUUCGUGAUGCAUCAAUAAGACAAAAUAAAAUGCAACUUACUGCAAUUACCCAACAAAAUUAAUAAAAUAAUGCAUAUAAGUAUUCACUGUGUUAUAGCAGUUUCCUACAGAUUGACUAUUUGUGGGAUUGUGUCCAAGCAAAUUUCCCACAGUACAAAGGAACUUACAGAAUACCCGCCUUCAGUUCUUUCAAUUUCUACAUAAUCUUCCAACUUGUAAAGCAACUAAAAAUAGUCAAAUACUGUGGAAAGGAUAUACCAGUCCGAGAAGAUACCAUAGGGAAUAUUUAUGGACACAAAAUGAUACUCCUUAUGCUUGACAUUUUGACUAACAUCUCUAUCUUUCCACAGGAGCUGAUCCAUUUGGUUUUCCUACAAUAUCACGGCACUGGGACGAUGGAAGCAACAGCUUAGAAAAUGCAAAAAGAAGGCUGAGAGCAGCAUUUGAAUUUUUUGUGAAACUUGGUGUCAAAUAUUAUACUUUCCAUGACAGGUAAAUAUCACAUUCUUUUCUAGCACAUUUUAAAAGUGUGCACCCCAUGUAAUUAAUAAUGCUCAGAUCAGUCUUUUUUCUAUAUUCAGCAUGCACAGAAAGUUGUGUUCGAUAGCCCAGGGCUAGUGGAUUUUGCUAUUGGGCUAGUAAUUUUUGUUCUUAACUUGCGCAACGGGCAAGUGCUGUUUUUUGGGGAAAUUCAAAUUACAGAAGGAUUGUAAUCAAUCCUGCUAAUCAAAAAGGGUUUGGGGGCUAGUUGAAAUGACUUGUGGGCUAGUACAUACUAGCUACAGCGUGCCCGAUAAAUGGCAGGCUGUAAAACUGUCUUUCUUUGCUCCCUGAUAUUGGCCUUUUUUCCCAGUCGACACAACUCAUUAACUCAUCCUUACUUUUUCUAUUUACUCCUUGAACAUUACUUCCAAAUCACUGAAAAGAUGAGUAACUUUGAAAUCUCUGUAUAUAGCCAUCCCUGAAGAUCUAGGAGGCAGUUACAGUCAAACCAGAAAAACCGUGAAAUACCAGAAAUAUUUCUGGAUUGUUAUUGUGUUGCAAGAAAAAAGCCAAUCAGGUAUGAGAAAACUAAACUGCAAGCAAGACUGUUAAUUAGUUUGUGGUUUUGUGGCUAGUUCACGUGUCCUGAUCUUUGCCGCGAUUGGUCAUGACACAAUAAACAUUCCUGAGAUAUUUCAAGUGUUCAUGGUUUUCCCAGUCGCACUUUGGAAUUUACAAAUGUCAGAAAAGUCUAUAAGGGGAAAAGAGAACCACUGGGCAGUUGUAGAAGAACUUCUUUUUUUAAAUUCUGGUUAUUUCUUAGCCUAUCGCAAACAAGGAAUUUAAAUGCCCAAGUGUCUCUGGAACUGUUUUUGUAAGAUAAACUGCCCAUGGAGUGUAAACUUGUACGUAAAUAUUCUAUCCCACCAGGUUGUCUUAGGGAUUGUAUGUUGCUGUAAACAACUGUGCUUUAAACUUGAAUCAUUGUUCCAAACAGUUUAAUAUCUAAAUUCUCUUUUAGAAGUAAAUGUAGUUUAAGUAAAUGAACUGUUUUAUUUUGCUAGGGACAUUGCCCCUGAAGGAGAAAAUUUAAAGGAAACAAAUUCUAAUCUUGAUGAGUUGACUGAUCUCGCUUUAGAGCUGCAGGAAAAAACUGGAGUCAAGCUUCUUUGGGCCACUUGCAACCUUUUUGCCAACCCAAGGUAAUUUGAACUUGAAACAUUGUAAAUAUUUAUUACUGAGAGAAAAAGGUCUGAGCAUUUAUAAGCUCCAUAAGACUGGGCCUUGUUCACAGUGGACUGAACAUAUCAUAAUUUAUGAUCUGUGACCUGAUCAGUCUGGUCCAGUUUGCUGGAAGGUUGCAGUGGCGAAUCCAAGGGGGGCCAGCCCGCCCUCUUAUUUUUGGACCAAACUGAGGCCCGAAGGACCGAAAAAAUUUUGUUGGCAGAUCGGCAUCCCCCCCUCCCCCCCCUUAUCUCAAGGUCUGGAUCUUGCACUGGGUUGUGUCUCCCCAAUUUCUAUUCAGGGAUUGAUUAUUGUGCUCUGAUACUGAAAUGAUCCUGAGCUACUCCCCUGGUCAGCAAGUCUCAGUCUCUAAUCAAAGUCCAUGCAUUAUGAAUAUCAACAUUGUGCUCUAGUUUGUCUACAUGAAUGUGUCUAGACUCCUCUGAGAAGGUAAAUACAUAAUUUUAUUUCCGAGUGAAAACCAGACUAGAGGGUAAUUUUCGGUAAUUUGAAAAUAGAACUCUUCAUUGUAAUAUUGUUCAUCCCCAACAGAAUUUGACAAUUUACAUAUUAAAUUGUGCCGGCUGCUCAAUCACAACUUUACAUUGAAAAACCCUUUGUUAUUUUGCUUUGUAUCUUUUUUAACAGGUACAUGAAUGGUGCAGCUUCUAAUCCAGAUGCUCAUGCAUUCGCUCAUGCAGCAGCACAAGUGAAGAAAGGUCUAGAGAUUGCCAAAAAACUUAGAGCAGAAAACUUUGGUAGGUUUAAUCAAACAUGCAGACAUCUGGCAAUUGUUUUAUUUAUCUCAUCAAUUAAAAGUAAGUUAACAAUAACAUACAGGCUCAGAAUUAGUUUAUUCUUUUAACCUGAAAGCAAUAAUUUAUUAUGUUUAAUAGUGAGGAUCUAGUAAUAUCACAAUACAUAAUCACAUUAUUUUAUCAAUUAUUAUUAUUAAAUAGAUUAUUUUAUCAAAUUUAUUAAUUUAAUGAAUAAUAAAUUUAAUAAUUUAAUGAUAUUUUAAAUGACAAUAAUAUUAUACAAUGACUUUGUUUAAAUCAGUAAUGUUUGUACAAUAACUGAAAUUGAGAGUGAUAUAGCUGUUUCCUGAUACGUUCAUUAACUUGUAAUGACAGUUUUCUGGGGUGGACGCGAAGGUUACCACACAUUGCUCAACACAGAUGUCAAGAGAGAACUUGAUCACAUGGGCAGGUUUUUUCAAAUGGUCGUAGGUAAUUUUUUUACAUUAUAUUGUCUCAUUUGACAUUCCUAUUUUGAAGUUUCCUAUUUUGAAGUUUCCUCUAGUUCCUAGAGUUGUUGGGUAGUAACUGAGAGACUAAGAUAAUUUUCUUAACUUCCCACACCUAUGAAUAUGAUUCAUUUCUUUACCAGCUGACACAUCUAUCCACAUUUAGCACUGAUCACUGAUCAGUUGUUUCCUUGUACAUGUACCAGUUAUCAUUCACUGUUCGUUGACUUAUUCAAGAGGUAGUCAAGAAAACACUUUCAUAGUUUGUAGAACUUGUUCCCAGCUUUAAGAGGCAAAAAGGCCUUUUUCAGAUCUUGUGAACAUUUCCCUAUAAUCAUUAGCUAAAAUGGUGGCUUAACUUGUAGGCCAUUUGCAUUGUGGCAUAAUCUAAAACUUCUACCAGAAUCAAUUUCAUUUUCCCUUUUAUAAUUAUUAUAUAAAUAUAGUAAUACCAUUGAGGCCUGACUUGCACCAAAAAGGCCUGAUUUUCACAAGAAAGCAAAACCCUGUAGGAUUCAGCUAGUAAAGUAGUAGUAAAAUGAUGUCUUUUUUGACCUUGUAAUGACUUAUGUUAAAAUGAUUAUAACUUUUCAGAUUAUAAAGAGAAGAUAGGAUUUACAGGCCAGUUGCUAAUUGAGCCCAAACCAAAGGAACCAACUAAGCAUCAGUAUGACUAUGGUUGGUAUUAGUAGAUUAUUCUGAAUGCUACAACCUGACCUUUAUUUUUAUCAUAAUCCAACACUUAAUUUCUUUUAUCAAUUAUGUCAUUCCUUUUUACCGUGACAAAGUCUUUUGGUUCCUUUUCCUUUUUCUUUUAUUUCUUUCCAUUCAUUCUCCCUCAGUUUAGUUUAAAAUUAAUAUUGCUUUCAUACAUUCAUACAUUUCCACAUUCCUUUCCUUCAGUUCUAACUUGUCUUAGGUUUUUCUUCAUUUCCCUCUCCUUCAGUUCUUUUCUUUCUUUAAUUUUUUCCCUUUCAUUUCUUUUUUCCCGCAAAUCCUUUCCCUUUUAAUUUAUUUUUAAUCAGUUCUUAGUUUGUUUGAUGUCUCCUUUGUUUUCAUCCAUUUUCUUAAUCUCUGAUAAAGACUUGUUUAACUUCUAAGACUUGCUUUAAUUUGUUUCAGAUGCUCAGACUGUGAUUGCGUUCCUGAAAACAUAUGGACUAGAGGAUGAUUUUAAGGUUAGCCUGCUUACAACAACAUGGCAAACCAUGUUACUUACAUUUCAGAUCUCUCAGUGGUUAGAGCAUCUGACUAGUGGUAUACAGAUUGGAAAGUGUAGAGUUUAAGGGGACUGUGUCAUAGUUCAUUCAGUCCAUUCAGCUCAUUCAGUCUAGUUCAUUGGUUAAUAAUGCCAACUGCGACAUGUUUUUAUUAUUUGCAACGGAACUUAACAGAAUACAUGUAAAUGGAAAAAUUACAGUGUUAUGUCAAACAAAUAAAUUGUCUCCUAAACGCAGUAUAUCAAAGGUUUCAAACAACAUAAAUUGCAGUAGGCAGGAUGAGUGUCAAAUGAACCUAGUAUAGGGCCUCACUCUUCAUGAGUUCUCUGUAGCUCAAGUGGAUAGAGCGCCCACCCACCUGGUGUUAAAUUGGGAGGACAUAGGUUCGAAUCCUGUCAGGGACUCAGAUUUUUCUUUGUCCCACGCUCCUGACAUGCUGAUUAAUUCAUUUUCACAACAAUCAUACACAACAUAAAUAAACUUUGAAUACCUGUUAGUCUAACAAGUUUUCACGAACCACAAUUGCAAUCCAUUUCAAUCUUCUUUAAGUUUUUCCAUCCGUGCCUCCUUUUUGUAUUUGCUGUAUUAUUUAUACCUUCCCUUCAUUUUCUAAGCAGUUAUUUCACUCAGUUUGGUGGUGGUCCCUAUUGUUUGAAUUUGGAUAAAUUUCGUGACACAGCUCAAUUUUAUCUGAUGUCCCAUCUCCACACGUAAUUCAUUGUUUCAUUUAUUUAUUUUUUUUCCGCAUUGUUUUUCACAGCUGAAUAUUGAGCCUAAUCACACCACCCUGGCUGGGCACUCCUAUGAACACGAUGUUGUAAUGGCCUCAAAGUACGUUAUUUUUUUCUGGUUUCCACCCUAGCUUUUUCUUUUCUAUCAUCUUCUUCAGCCUAGACCACCCACGUCGCCUCUAAAUUUUUGAACAGACACCCUUACCUGUUUUGAAGUUAGGAACUUGCUGAGAGGAAUUAGAGUUUCCGCCUAGCUCAUGUUAUUAUUAUUUUUAUUUCGCUCUUCUGAUUUGCUCACUCACUUUACAAUUACAGGAAGACCGACUGCAAUCUUAACCUCACAUUAGAGUAAAGCUAUAUGUUUGCACGGAAUCAAUUAUUUUUGCACUCUGAGAGUUACAGUUUUGUCAUUUGUAUGACUUUCAGGAGUUGCAAAGUUAAACAAAGUCUAAAUCGUCUUUUCUUUGUCGUGAACAGGUUUGGUUUUCUUGGUUCAAUUGACUCCAACACUGGAUCACCCGAUCUUGGUUGGGACACAGAUCAGUUCCCCAUGGAUAUUAAGAACUGCACGCUUGUUAUGAAGGUUCGUCUGCUUAAAGCCGUGAAAUAUGCACCGAGCAACCAGUCGCGUUGUAUUGAGUUGGUAGAAAGUUCAGAUUUGGGAGGCCACAACGGCAACGACACUGACAAUGACGAAAUUUAUUAUCACGUUUGCAAACUGUAAACGUUAAUUAGAACCACGUAGAGUAUUCCCUUUGCUCAGUUUCAUUCAAAAGAACUACUUUGGAUAGUGUUUAUCCGACCAUUUUCUAUUUUGAGAAAUUGUCUCAUUGCAUUUGACGUUUGCCUUUUGCCGUAAACGUGAUUCUACUGAAUCUAUUCAAAUCACCAAAAACAGGGGCGACAGAGAGAACCUUAAUGGCACGUAAACAUUCUAUAUGAAUAAUGAACACUUACACUGUAAAAGGCAAUGAGUAUUUGGUGUAUUAUUUACCAUUCUCCGCAAAACAAAUGGACUGCAUUAUAGUCUUUUUUCAAAUAUGAUACUUGACUAAAAACCGUUACACAACGUAGCAAAAAUAUGAGGCAAUUGUCAUUAACGUGCAUGUAAAACUCUAUUGUAGGCCAUUAUCGAACAGGGAGGACUGACACCUGGUGGACUUAACUUUGACUGUAAAAUUCGCCGUGAAUCUACAGACCUAGAGGACAUGUUUAUAGCUCACAUCGGUAAGUCUGUUAUGUAUAAGUGCAAUAGAAAGAGUGAAAUCAGUGUGAAAAGAUACACAUACUAUCCUGUUAAUGCUUUUAAAAUGGUGCAAAAUUUACAAAAUAAAGCUAAGGAAGUUACUUUAAGUAUUUUUCGCCAAAGAGUGAAAGAUCUUUGUAUGUGAACGUACCAGGGUAUUUGGGCCACAGAGCUGAGAUGACUAUGUGGCCUGACCUUAUUUCCUUCGCGUGAAACAACGAAGAGUCAGGGUGGAUACAGGGGGUAAUCCUUCAACUUUACUCUUGUGGUUACAAUCCCCUCCUUUCUUUUCUCGGUUACCCCUUCUCCCGGCCCCAUCUUAAAGACGCUAUGUCACGUCAUUUGCUAUCACGCGUAUGUUUUUGACGAGCUAAAAUGCGUCUUCGCAUCAAUUGAAUCCCAAUAGUAAUGCUCCAAUUUUGUUAUUUUAGACUAUAUUCAGGCAUUAAAACUGUUUCCUGUCGUCCAUUGCUACAGAUGGCAGGGAUGGACAUGGACUGAAAGUUGUAAAAGUUGGGAACACUUUUUUACGUUUUAAUGCUUCGCUUGCAAAAAUCAUCAAUAGGAAGUAUUGGUUAGUGCUCCCUGAUGAAAUUUCUUUGAUUAUUUCUUCAUACCUAACCUCUAUAGGAACAUUUUUUGUGUGCGGGUAAUGACUUCAGCACAGAAUUGACCAGCCUGACCUUAAACAGCAAUGUCCUCCUGACAACUGUCCUGGCAUAGCCCCUUUAAUCUGAAGGGAACCCACCCCUCCUCCAUAAAAAGACCCCGAUUCUUUCUGGGGCCAGUUUCUCGAAGUCUCGGUAAUUACUGGGGCCUGACUUUGUAGUUGUUUUACGUUACCAUGUUUCCAUUCAAGAUGGAAGUUUUAGUAGUUUCGAUAGUAAGGCAAAAAACAAUCAGUUAAUAAAACAAACCAGUCCGACGUCUUAGGGUGUUUAGAAGCUGCAGUCCCAUUCUUUAGGUUUCUAUUUUAAAAUUUGGCUUCGGUUCAGAAGAGCUACCGGGGACUUUCGAAAAAAUAGGCCUCGGGUUAGAAUAUUCAUUGGGCUCCUUUCUGUUUUAGGUGCAAUGGACUCGUUUGCUCGAGGACUUAAAAAUGCUGCCAAGCUCAUUGAAGACGGGACCUUAGAUUCUUUAGUCAAGGUUGGUUAGAAAACGUAUUCCAUUCCAAGUAAAGGUCAGCCUUCGGGAAUUUUUGACAAACUAUUUUCUCGUUGCCACUGCGUCAUGAAUAGUUAAGAGAGGUGCUUAUCGGCAAACUUAUAUUUAUUCGUUCCUUAUUGAAGCCACUGUCAACACUUUGCAGCAUCAAGAUUAAGCUGCAGUGAAAGGUCUGCCCGCUGAUAUAAACCUUGCUUUUGCAUUGAAAAACCAUGACCAAUUGUAAUAAUCACCAAGAAGAAGUUACCAAAAUCGAAAUGCUGUGUAUGCCUUUACAAAAAGCCUGUUCUAUUUUUAAGAAUUGAUUUAACUUUAAUGAAACCUUGAUCAGAAUAAUCGGAUGACAACGUUCAUGUUCUGGUUUUGAUUCCAGGAUCGUUACAGUAGUUUUGAUAAAGGCAUCGGAGCAAAAGUAGAGAAAGGAACGACUUCUUUAGAGGAACUUGAGGUUAGUCCGGGGCAGGGGUUCUUUACUGGCGGGUUCUUUUAUGUAAAAAUAAGAAUCUCUUCUAAACAAACACAAAAAAGAAUGUGAGGGUGGAAGUGACGCGAGUUUUAACAAGCACCGCGGUCCAUUUUAAAGUAAAUACAGUCGAAGUGAGACCACCUCUCGUGAGCGACCACCUCCCAUAGCGUCCUCCUAGAUCCAAAACACCAAACUUUUUCGAGUGAAAUCACUACAGUUGCAGCCUCUCGUAAGCGAUCGCUUCAACCUUUUAGGAUGUUGGCCUAAAGAUAUUCCAUUGUUUUUAUCCACCCGUAAACGACCGCAUAGCCAUUGUUUGAUGUCUAUGUUUGCUGUGUGUAGUACACUACUCAGAAUAUGCAAAGAACUUAUUGUGACAACAUGAAACUGAACAUAUCGUUACUUAGAAGUCGCAUACAACGAAUUCUCUUACUGAUUCGGACCUCUUCUAUGAGGGGAAACCCUGAGGUUCGAUUCUCGUAAGCGACUUACUUGGUCUAGAAUGCACAAGAAGCGUUUCUGUGCGAGUAAGGGCGACCACGUAAGGCAUGGCUUGAUCUCUAUGUUCGUUGUAUGUACUUCACUACUAAGAGAAUGCGAUGUGCUUUUGGUGACAUCAUGAAACUACACAUAUCGUAACUUAGUGAUUACAUGCACUGAAUUCUCUCCAAAAAUGUAGAUGUGUUCGGUCCUUUUCUAGGAAGGAAUCCCUUGUGGUUCGAUUCUCGCAAGCGACCACUAGAUCUUCGCAUUUUGGAUGGUCGCUUACGUGAGGUUUGGCUGUUGGUGAUCCUAAUAGUCUAUAUGGAUUUUUCUUUGAUAGGCUUACAUCUUGGAACACGGGGAACCAGAGCUUAUAUCUGGCAAACAGGAGAAAUGCGAAGCCAUCGUCAAUUUCUUUGUGUAGACAAACUAUGAGUAAUGAAAUCCCUGGAAUGAAAUGCGUAACUCGCAGUCAGUAAUAAUACAGACAUUAAUUACCAUAAAACUCGUCGUCCUGUGCAACAUGAUGCUCUAGCUGUUAAAGUAUAUCUCAUUUUUUUUAACCUGCAAGGGUUGAUAAAAAGUACCACAUUUUUAGACGAAUGGUUUUAAGUAAUAUAUUUUGCAAUUAAAGUAGAGGACGAUU